UGCUCAGACAACGCAGUGAACGAAGGACACCAAUGUGUAAACUGGCCAUUGUUACAUGGUGCCAGAGUCAUUUAAGUUCAAGGUGGUCACAGACCAGGGGCACAGUCACCACUAGGAGUUGGCAGCAGGCAACAGGGAUAUGCAGCACUGGGGGCAGAAGUAAAUACCGUUUGUGAAGCAGGAGAGGAGUCGAGAACGAGCAGUCAUGACUCCAGAAAAGUAUGGAAGAGAGAAGAUGCCACAAUGGGAUGUAGGAGGAUAGGCCCUGGAAGCAAUCAAAUGAAAAAAGGAGAGAGAAGGAGAGAGAGAGAGAGAGAGAGAGAGAGAGAGAGAGAGAGAGAGAGAGAGAGAGAGAGAGAGAAAGAAGUGACGGGGCCCAGAGGGUGACUACUUUUUUUAAAAGAAAGAUUCCACUGGCCUCACUGAUCAGAUCUUCAGGCCAGCCAUCCUCAUUGCAAUGUAGAGCACCAGGGAGGAUCAGGUAUUUCCAGGGGGGCAGAUGGAGUCAGAGUCAACAGCGUCUCAUCAUGGCAGCAGGAGUAACAUGUAGUUCGACACAGAUGUCCCACAUACGAGCUUGAUCCUUUUAGACUACUUCAAGCAACCUGUCUGACUUUUGUACUGUAACCAACAUGGAGGCACAGAAACGAGGAAUUCCAACUUCAAUUCCUGAGAAUGAAGAGCUCAUAGAGGUGCAGAUGAAUGGGGUCAGGCAAAAUGGUGGAGAAGCUGAAGUGCCUCUCUCCAAAUCUCAGAGAAGACGUAGUGAUGUGAAAGUCUAUAAAGAGUUUUGCGACUUCUACGCACGCUUUAACAUGGCAAACGCCCUUGCUAAUGCUAUUUGUGAACUUUGCAAAGCUGGCUUCACUCCUGCUGAGAAAAUCGUAAACAGUAAUGGGGAGCUGUACCAUGAGCAGUGCUUCGUGUGUGCACAGUGUUUCCAGCAAUUUUCAGAGGGGUUAUAUUAUGAGUUUGAUGACCGAAAAUACUGUGAGCACGAUUUCCACAUGCUAUUCGCUCCUUGUUGUAAACAGUGUGGGGAGUUCAUCACUGGUCGUGUCAUUAAGGCCAUGAACAACAGUUGGCACCCAGAGUGUUUUUGCUGUGAUAUCUGCCACACUGUGCUUGCUGAUGUUGGUUUUGCAAAGAAUGCAGGCAGACACCUGUGUCGUCCAUGCCAUCUCCGUGAGAGAGCUUGUGGCCUUGGCAAGUAUAUUUGCCAGAAGUGUCACACCAUCAUUGAUGAACAGCCGCUCAUCUUCAGGAAUGACCCAUACCAUCCUGAUCACUUUAACUGCAGCAACUGUGGUAAGGAACUCACUGCUGAUGCCAGGGAGCUAAAGAAUGAGCUGUACUGCUUGCCGUGCCAUGACAAGAUGGGCGUCCCGAUCUGUAGGGCAUGCAGAAGGCCGAUAGAGGGCAGAGUGGUAAAUGCACUGGGCAAGCAAUGGCACGUUGAGCAUUUUGUAUGUGCCAAGUGUGAGAAACCUUUCCUGGGCCAUCAGCAUUAUGAACGUAAAGGCCUGGCUUAUUGCGAGACUCACUUCAAUCUGCUCUUUGGAGAUGUCUGUCACCACUGCAAUCGUGUCAUUGAGGGAGAAGUCAUUUCAGCACUGAAUAAAGCCUGGUGCAUCAACUGCUUUGCCUGUUCCACCUGCAGUUCUAAGCUGACCCUGAAGGACAAGUUUGUGGAGCUUGAUCUGAAGCCUAUAUGCAAACAGUGCUAUGAAAGAAUGCCAACGCAGUUGAAGUACCGUCUAGCUAAGCGUGAACAUGACUCCAAGGACAGAAGAAAGAAGAUUGGUAUCUGUCUGUAAAGUUCUCCAUUUAACUGGCAGUGUGUGAUCCUCAUGUGUAAGUGCAUCAAGAGUGGAUAUUGUUGCUGGAUAUCUCAAGACCUUCAUAUUUUCCCCUCAGUCUAUUUUGUGGACAUGUACUUGUUGAAAUAUAUAUGAAAUUUUCAGUUGUAUGGAUAAGUGUGAGAGUUUUUUUUUAGUGGUUUGCUACAGCCUUAGACAUGUAUGUGUCUUUACCUCAUGCACCAUAAGGAUACAAUUCAAUGCAGUUUUAUGUUAUUAAUGAGGAUUUUUGAGUUCACAACCAAAGAUACUCAUCACUAUGACAUUUAUUGAAUAUAUGCAUACAGUCGAUAUAAAAUGUGUACACACCCUGUGUAAAAAUGACAGGUUUCUGUGAUCAAAAAAAAUUAAACUAAGAAAAAUCAUGUCAGAUAUUUUGUGAUAUAACAAUUAACAACAUUCAAGUGAACAACAAAUAGAAAAGAUUUAGGGGGGAAAGGAGAAAGAAAAAAAACAGACAGUAACCUGGUUGCACAAGUUUAUACAUUUUAACAGGGGUAUGUAUCCACUAUGACAGGUUCCUAAAUUUUGAUCCCCCCAGGGGUCCAGUGAAGCAUAGCUGGUGGCCACAGUUUUUUACAUUUAGUUAAAGUGGAUGAAAUCACAAACCACAAUUUAAAAGUUAUUUUAUUUAUAAUUGAGAUUGUAUCGUUUUUAACCAUUUUGACUGGUUAUUUUUAAAUAAAUGGAUUUUAUCCAAACCUCA